UUCUUCAAGAGCUCAGAAGGCACUCAUGUCAAAAGGUGAAUUCUCCUAGGAAAAGAACGAACGGGAGAUUUCGGUGUCUCUCAAUUAGGGAAGAAAGAUCAUGGAGCAAGAGAAGAGUGAAGAGAAGAUUAAGUACAGUAUAAUAGUCCCAACCUAUAACGAACGCCUCAAUAUUGCCCUCCUCGUUUACCUCAUCUUCAAGCAUCUCCGGGAGGUGGAUUUUGAAGUUAUUGUUGUCGAUGAUGGAAGUCCUGAUGGUACGCAAGAAGUAGUAAAACAAUUGCAACAAGUUUAUGGAGAAGAUCACAUCCUAUUAAGACCUAGACCUAGGAAGCUCGGGCUAGGAACGGCUUACAUCCAUGGUUUGAAGCACGUGUCUGGAAAUUUCAUUGUGAUCAUGGAUGCUGAUUUAUCCCACCAUCCAAAGUACCUGCCAAAUUUCAUCAAGAAACAGUUAGAGACUGAUGCUGAUAUAGUUACUGGAACUCGGUACGUUAAGGGUGGUGGUGUACAUGGAUGGAAUCUCAUGCGCAAAUUGACCAGUAGAGGAGCCAAUGUUCUUGCGCACACGCUUUUAUGGCCUGGUGUAUCUGAUUUAACUGGAUCUUUCCGGCUUUACCGAAAGUCAGUACUUGAAGAUGUCAUCAGUUCCUGUGUCAGUAAAGGAUAUGUCUUUCAAAUGGAGAUGAUUGUCCGGGCUUCUAGGAAGGGCUACCAUAUUGAAGAGGUUCCAAUUACCUUUGUUGAUAGAGUAUUUGGAACUUCGAAGCUUGGAGGAUCUGAAAUUGUUGAAUAUCUGAAAGGACUCUUAUAUCUUCUGGUCACAACCUGAAGAUGCAGCAUCACCGUCUCUCGUAGUGUUAUACCCUAAUUUUUACUAAAUUAGGUUUCACCGUUAUUUUUCUUAAUCUUGGUUUUUUGGUUUAGUAGAACCUUUGUUAUCAUCUGGGGUUCUUCCUUCCACCUUCCAACCAGUGUAGCUCAUACAUUGAAGAAAUAUUCUCUCCCACAGGCCACACAAGCACAAUUACGAGCUCCAUCUAGUUUAAUUGAGGAUUCAUUUUCUUAUUUUACUAUGGAUCAUUUUUGGUUGAUUAUGUAUGCUAUCGAGUGCCCUUAAGGCAAACGAAAUAAAAGGGUUUUGGAAUUUGAAUAAACUCCGUUGGAAUCUGUAUGUUAA